AUGCCGUUCUUCUCGUGUUGCACCAAAGCGAGUCUCUGCUACUCUCCAGGUAGCUCUCGUGGAGAUUCCACUCCUCGUAGUCCCUUCUCUCCAUCUUCUCCUUUGCAAAGGCGUAAAGGUCCCUCUGCUGCUGAUUCCAAGUUUCAACGUCCCCUCGCCUCUUCUUCUUCCCCACUGGAUCCAUCAUCCCCUGCAGCAAUGCUCCAUGGAGGCCACAAGUUCCACGAGGCAUUCCAAAUGAAACAAGGCCGUUUUGAUCUCCAAGCCGCAAAGAUCUCUGAGAUGAUGAAAUCUAAUAAUUUAGAUAAUGCUCCCACGCAGUCACUUUUAAGUAUUGCUACUGGAAUUCUUGAUGACAGUAUUGAGAGAAACAAUGGUGAAGUCCCUCAGCGUGUAGCAUGUCUGCUCAGAAAAGUCGUGCUGGAGAUUGAGAGACGUAUUUCAACUCAAUCUGAGCAUCUAAGAACGCAAAACAGUGUGUUUAAAGCUCGUGAGGAGAAGUAUCAAUCGAGGAUAAAAGUUCUUGAAACCUUAGCUUCAGGAACUAGUGAAGAAAAUGAGAUUGCUACAAAACAACUUCGACGGAUAAAGACAGAAAAGUCCAAGCUGGAAGAAAAGAAGAAAACCAAAGAGCAGGAUGUGGUUAAGCUAGAGAAAGAAAAUGGUCACUAUAAUGUUGAAAUUUCCACUUUAAGGCGAGAACUGGAGGCAACCAAGAAAACAUAUGAACAACAGUGCUUGCAAAUGGAAAGCCAGAGAAAGCUGGUAGAAAAGAAGAGAAACAAAGAGGAGGAUAUGGUCAGGCUAGAAAAAGAAAACGGUGAAUAUAAUCUUGAAAUUUCCACUUUAAGGCGAGAACUGGAGACAACCAGGAAAGCAUAUGAACAACAGUGCUUGCAAAUGGAAAGCCAGGCAAGGCUGGUAGAAAAGAAGAAAACCAAAGAGGAGGAUAUGGUCAGGCUAGAAAAAGAAAACGGUGAAUAUAAUCUUGAAAUUUCCACUUUAAGGCGAGAACUGGAGACAACCAGGAAAGCAUAUGAACAACAAUGCUUGCGGAUGGAAAGCCAGACAAAGCUGGUAGAAAAGAAGAAAACCAAAGAGGAGGAUUUGGUUAGGCUAGAGAAAGAAAAUGGUGAAUACAAUCUUGAAAUUUCCACUUUAAGGCAAGAACUGGAGACAACCAAGAAAGCAUAUGAAGAACAAUGCUUGCGGAUGGAAAGCCAAACAAAAGUCGUCACAACAGGUAUCGAGGACAGGAUCAAGGAGCUUGAACAAAUGACAAAAGAUGCAAGCGUUUCAAAAAUUGCCCUUGAGGAAAGGGUUAAGGAGCUUGAAAAGAUCGGAAAAGAAGCAAAUGCUGCUAAGACUACUCUUAAGGAAAAGGUAAAGGAGCUUCAACGAUUCAAAGAAGAGAUAGUAACUGUUAACACAAGCCUUGAAGCAAAAAACCGAGAGCUUGAAAAUAUGGGAAAAGAAGCAAAUGCUGCCAAAAUGACUCUUGAGGAAACGGUGAAGGAGCUUCAGCAGUUCAGAAAAGAGUCAGUAGCUGUUAAUACAAGCCUUGAGGCAAAAAAUAGAGAGCUUGAAAAGAUGGGGAAAGAAGCAAUUGCUGCUAAAACGGUUCUUGAGGAAAAGGUGAAAGAGAUUCAACAAUUUAGAAUAGAGACAGUAACUGUUAACACAAGCCUUGAAGCAAAGAAUCGAGAGCUUGAACAAAAUCUAGCCCAGUGGAAGAAUAAAGCCAAAGAAAUGGAGGAAGAUUCAGACUUGAAGAAUAGGAGUUGGAAUCAGAAAGAACUUUCAUAUAGAAGAUUUAUCAACUUCCAGUCACAGGCACUACAGGAGUUGAGGCUCUAUUCUAAGUCCAUCAAACAAGAAAUAUUGAACGUUCAAGACACCUAUACAGGAGAGUUUAGUCAGUUAGGGAAGAAGUUGCUUGAACUUGGAGAAGCUGCAGAAAACUAUCACGCUGUCCUAACCGAAAACCAAAAGCUCUUCAAUGAACUUCAGGAGCUAAAAGGAAACAUUAGAGUGUAUUGUAGGGUAAGGCCUUUCUUGAGAGGGCAAGGUGCAUCAAACACUGUGGUGGAACACAUUGGUGAGCAUGGGGAGUUGGUAGUUCUCAAUCCCACAAAACCUGGGAAAGAUGGUCUUCGUAAAUUUAGGUUCAAUAAGGUCUACAGUCCAGCCUCUACUCAAGCUGAAGUGUUUUCGGAUAUAAAACCACUUGUUCGGUCGGUUCUGGAUGGUUACAAUGUUUGUAUCUUUGCCUAUGGACAGACAGGAUCAGAAACUUACACAAUGACCGGUCCAGAUGGAGCAAGUGAGGAAGAAUGGGGAGUAAACUACCGUGCUCUAAAUGACCUCUUUAAAAUCUCUCAAUCUCGAAAAAGCAACAUAGCGUAUGAAGUAGGGGUGCAGAUGGUGGAGAUAUACAAUGAACAAGUGCGCGAUUUACUCUCUGGUGACAGUUCUCAAAAGAGAUAUCCUUUUUUUUUUUGUUUAUCUGCUCUUACUUGUUUUCUACAAAAUUUCUAUUGCAAUUUAGAUGUUAUCCUUCUUUUUGCUUGGGUUGCAAGUCUUUUGUUUCUCCUUGACUUUCACACAUUAGGUAUUCUUUCUACAACUCAAGAAAACGGUCUUGCUGUACCUGAUGCAAGCAUGUAUCCCGUGACAUCGACCUCGGAUGUUCUUGAAUUAAUGAACAUCGGGCUAGAUAACCGAGUCGUUAGCUCAACUGCCUUGAAUGAAAGAAGUAGCCGCUCCCAUAGUAUUGUCACUGUUCAUGUUCGUGGAAAGGAUUUGAAGACCGGUUCUGCCUUGUAUGGCAAUCUACAUUUGGUAGAUCUGGCGGGUAGUGAGAGAGUUGAUCGGUCUGAAGUUACAGGAGAUAGGCUUAAAGAAGCGCAACAUAUAAACAAGUCACUCUCAGCUCUAGGAGAUGUGAUAUUCUCUCUUGCUUCUAAGAGUUCUCAUGUACCGUAUAGAAACAGCAAACUAACUCAGCUUCUCCAAAGCUCUCUAGGUGGGCGAGCAAAGACACUGAUGUUUGUGCAACUCAAUCCUGAUGUUGUUUCAUAUUCAGAGUCCAUGAGUACUUUGAAAUUUGCAGAACGUGUCUCUGGAGUUGAGUUAGGUGCUGCCAAGAGCAGUAAAGAUGGUAGAGAUGUUAGAGACUUAAUGGAGCAGUUAGGGUCCCUUAAGGACACAAUAGCGAGAAAAGACGACGAGAUAGAGAGGCUACAUUUGCUUAAAGACAUUAAUUACCCACAGAGACUGCAGAGAAAGAGCUUAGGACAUUCCGAUGAGUUCAACUCAGAAGAGUCACAGUUAUCUAUAGAAGAAGAUUCAAGAUCCCAACAAGAUCAUGUCAGACAAUCACGACACUCUAACAUAGGCGGGGAGACCUUAGCCUCCUCCAUUGAUUUAGAGUAUGAAGAUAGGCUGGAUGAUGAAACAGAAGGUUCCAUCGAUGUUCCUCGUGCAACAGAAGGGAGAAAACCAUCGAAGAUGUCAGACAAAACUUCUAAGCAAGUGACGCCAAGGGCUUCUACCAAGACAACACGACCAGUUGAUAAACUUAAGGUAGCUACGAGGGCUGUAAAGGCCGCGUCAGGUUUGAUGUCACCAAGUAAGCCCACAUCAAGUUUGAUGUCGCCGAGUAAGCCCACAUCAAGUUUGAUGUCACCAAGCAUGAAGAAGACAGGAAGUGCUUCUAAUUUGGUCAAGUCACCGAAACGGUGGUCGUAAAAAAUGAUAACUUUUAUCCUUAGCCGGCUCUUUUAUUUUUUAAUAUAAAUACUUUAUAUUCUUCACCUUCCCUCUCUAUUGAAUCCAUUGGCUUCAACUGGGACUUAAUUUUGUAAUUUUAUUUUAUAUGUACAAAAUUUUGUAAAUAUACGAAUCUCAUAAUUCUCACGAAGUAUUUCUUA